GUGCGCGGGCGCGUGUGUGUGUUGUUCGGCCGUGGCCGUACAUGAUUCUGACGAUACCGAUACCGAUACACACUCGGCCGAUAAAGUCAUUAACCACCUUUGCACCGUUGACCUUUCUUUUUUUUAGAAAGGGAAAUUAGAAUGCUAAAUUGAAUGGCCAAAGGUUUGCCUGCCUACUUUUACUUCGAAUCAAAGGUCUAACCACUGAAAAGGGGCAUAGCACCUGACAAUGUUUAUACCUUUCAAUCAACCAAUCGACUGAAAUUAUUUCCCUAGAAAUAAAAUAUUUAAGACCUGUUAGUGAAAGUUUUCAGCUUACGACAAUGAACCAACAAAGCAAUGUUAUUUCAAUCGCUCUUGGAGCUUGUGCUGUCCUUGGUGCUGCUGGUGUUGUUUUGUGGAAUUAUUUCUAUGAAUCUCGACGGCGUGUUUUGUUACAACAAGAAAUAUCACGACUUGAUCUUACUGUAAACCAGUUAAGAGCAGAACUAGAAGCUGCCAGGUUGCGGAAAAUUAAGUCUAGUUCCUCAAGUUCUAGGAGAAGCUCCCCUACACGUUCUGUUCGUAGUUUUAGAACUGUUAGUAACUACGACUCCGAAGAAGAUGAGUUUUUUGACCUAUCCUCUGGUGGGGAUGAUGAGUUUGAUAAUGAUACACCUGGUAUUGUAGAUGAGGCAUUGAAGUCUUUAAUAGAGAAUGUAGAUGUUCUUCUGAAGACUGGAACUUCUGAAAGCCGCAGGGAGGCUUAUUCUAAACUGACAGCUUAUUUGUCCAAACACGAAGCAAACUCUGGUAUUUUAUGGCGCCUAGCUAAGUGCUGUCAUGGCUUAGGAACAGCAUGUGCUGCUAUGGGUCACAUGGAUCAGAAAAAGGAGUUCAUUCUGGAAGGUUUGGAUUAUGCAAAGCAAGCAUUAGACAUUAACAGCAAUGAUGCUGAAGCCCACAAAUGGUUUGCUAUUUUGACUGGCGCGUAUGGUGACUACCUUGGAAUGAAAGAAAAAAUUGAGGGUGGUUAUGUAUUUAAAACACACGUUGAAAAAGCCAUAACUCUUAGACCUGAGGAUGCCUCUUUGCGACAUCUUGUUGGUCGCUUCAAGUAUGAGGUGGCAAAUUUGUCAUGGAUAGAACGAAAAGUUGCCAAUACACUCUUUGCUGAAGUUCCUGCUGCUACUUUACCUGAAGCUAUUGAAGAUUUUAAAGCUGCUCACAAACUAAAUCCUACACCUUGGAAAGAAAACUCUCUUUUCCUUGCCAAAUGCUAUAUAGCACAGAAUAAUUAUGCAGAAGCUGUUCAUUGGUUGGAUGAUGCUGCUGCUAUUUCUGUCACUAGUUGUGAGGAUGAGGUAUGCGAGCUAGAAGUGCAGAACUUGUUGGCAAGCUACAGUGGAUAUAGAAAGAAAAAUAGCUGAGGGUCUGGGGAAUCUAAAAAUUGUUUCCUUUUUUCUUUCAAUGAGUUUAGAUGACUGAUGUAAGUUGAUUUAGUCCUUUAACUAGUUAUAAAAAUGUUAACAGAAAUGUUUGACUGCAUGCUCAUGAAAUGUUCUAGACUAGGUAAACCUAUACCUUACAUCAUAAAAUAAUAGAACUUCCCAAAAAUUGAUAUUAGAUUUUAAUUCUAAUGGUUUUAGAAUAUUGAAAGCCCUCACUCAAUGAAAUGCAAUCUGUGAUUAAUUAUUUAUUUUUCUUUUGCACAAAUAUUUAUAAGCUCUGAAGUUGUCAUUUAUCUGGUAAAGUCCGGGUGUCAGGGAAUGUCUGAAUUCCCUAGUGAGAGUGCGGAUUCAUUGGCCCCGGUAGGGAAUGUCCGUUUGGGACGACUGAAACCUGGCAUUCACAAGGCAACGUUGGAUAUGUUGGACAAUCACUGAAGGCAGUCACGAAAUGUUCGAAAUCGGACUUUAUCUGAGAGGGGUGGCCGGGAAUGUUGGGAAUAAAAGUUUAGGUAUUGUGGGUGUGGGUUGGGGGUUUAUACAAUUAGCAGUGGGGCAGUUGAGGCAGCUGGGUUUGUCUUGGUGGCACUUAGACCUACAGAGCUGGUUGUUCCUUCUGCGGGUGCACCUUGUGCCCGCUCGGCACCUGCUUGCGGUGCAGUUGCACAUCACGAAGCCCUGCCCUCCAGAAAAGUUCGUUUCCCCAGCAAAGCCCCUGAGAGAAAGGGUUUUUUCCCGGCCACCCCUCUCAGCUAAAGUCCGAUUUCGAACCUUCCCUGACUGCUUUCAGUGAAUGUCCAACAUGGCCAACAUUGACUAGUGAAUGCCCGGCUUCAGUCGUCCCAAACGGACAUACUCUACCGGGGCCAGGGAAUCCUGACACCCGGACUUUACCUGUAACACUUAUAAAGGAGAGAGGCAGUUGAAACAUGUUGUGAACAUGAGUAGUGUUUGUGGUCAAUGUUAUCAUCACUGUACCUAAGCUGUGCCUGUUGUGUGAACUUGAGAUAUUUUUUAUCUUAUAGGUAGUUCAAUGCAGAUGCUUCUUUGAAUGUCCUCCAUUCCAUUCUAUCUAUGUUCUGUGAUAGCAGUGCAUUUCUAAUCUAGUAGGUGAUGAGAUGAUUGUAAUUGUGCCUUCUCAAGUUUCUUUGUAAUGCUUAUUUAUUGAAAAGGGUGUAUUGUCGUGUGGCUUCGUCCAUGGGCUGUUGAAAGUGGUAAGUUCACGUUCAUACCCCAAUCGCGGCCAAAAUCAUUGCUACAAAUGCGAUGAUCACUUGUCUUGUUGACUCCACCUAUUCUCCCAGAACAUAAAUUUCUCUUAAAAUAGAUUUGUUAGGUGUGAAGUUUGAUUGGUAUAAAAUUAGUUCUUUGCCCUGCGAAAUGGGAUUGUCUUUCUCUGGUUAAGGUUUUUGUGUUUCCUAUGGAUGACUUGAGUCUUGUGCAGUAAGUGGUUUGUAGCAGAAACUUUACUGAACUAUUAGGUAGAGGUGCCUCUGUCAUGAAUGUUAUUCUUUAGAGUAGCAGAAGUUUAAGGGCUGCGCUGCCAUGACUAGCAAGAGCAGUUAGUGCCUAUGCUCCAAAUAAUUAUUUGUCAUUCGAAAGUUUUAGGUCUUGUUUUUUGGAAGGUAUAUGGAUAUGUAAUAUAGAGAGACAAUCUUGAUAUUUAUUGUUAUUUUUGUUGAGAGUUUUAAGUAUUUAAGUGUACUUUUAUUUUACUCAUGACAUUUGGUCUUGGAAUUAGGUUCUGGUUAAUCUGUGUUUUCUUUUACAUUUACCCUGCAAAACUGUUUGUAAUCCCAUAGAAAAAAUAAAUAAAGUAGCCCCUUGCAGGCAAUUCGAAGGCCA